AAAGAUGUGAGCUGCAAAGUUCUCAACCAGUCGAUAUGGAAAUAAAUAGGAUGGAUAAUUCACGCAAACCAAUGCUGGAGGGUCUGAAGGAGCUUUAUCAGCUGCUAGAUAAAAAGUCACUAUCUCAGGCACACUUUCUCUUCCUGGCCGUUUAUGUUGUCGCUCUACUCACCGGAUUUAUACCACAAAAUUUUUUUGUGAACCAAUUAAAAAGUUUGUUUCCUUUGGAAUCUUGGUCAACAUUUCACAAGAAAAAUGUGGAGAUUUGUUGUGGUCAGCCGCCUACAUAUGAAUACGAUUCCCCGCAUGAGACUUACUUCCAUGAAAGAUUCAUUUCAAAUGUUAAAGCUGAACAAGAUGAUGCUUUGAAGUCUGUGCUUA